UUGACACUGACAUUCCUAACAAUUAUUUGGAUUUUUAGAUCGGGUUCCAAUUUCACUUUGGAAUUUGGAUGUUUAAGUUUUUCCAUUUGUUAUUUUAUAUUUUAAAGAUUUAGAAAGCCUAUUUAUCACGCUGCAUCAAUUACUACAUUCACUAAGCUUUCCAAAUUAAACUUUACCAUUGUCAUAGUACUUUCUAUCAGCCACCACGAAAACAUUUCAAUGUAUGUCAUUAAAUGUUUUUAUGAUGAAAUGAGAAUUAUUGGGAUAUAAUACGAAGCUUUUGCAUAAUAUUACCUAUUUAAUAUUUAAUUAAGUGUAUUCUGUACCAUUAGUCGAAUCGAAAAUGAACAGUUAUUAUUCACCUCGUCUGAUGAUGGGAGCUGCUAUCGUAGGGCUUGUGGGCGCUGCUGGAAUGUUUCUAUAUGAACAAGUCUAUGCUGAGAAAAGGAGAGCUAUGUUAUUAAGCGAAGUCGCCAGAUUGGACAAGCAAGUAUCAAGCAUGCGCACAGAAUUGGAAGCAUUAAGAGAAUUACAGAAAGAAACACGUACUAGAAAUGAGAGCGAGUCCUCACGUGUUAGACUAGCGCGGCGGGUGAAAGCAAAACCUCGAGUGCGUCGUGAAGUCACCCCCGCUGGUGACGCAACCGAUUCUGAAUAUUAUACCGAUUGUCAUUCACUAGUUGGCACAGAUAUAGAGUUCGACAGUGAAGAAUUUUAUGACGUUCCUUCAGAUGAGGAAGACACUCUCAAAGAGUCUAUCAAAAAUGGUGUUCUUACGUCUUCGGAGAGCUUAGAAAAGGAUACGCUACAAUCACCGCCCUUAAAACCGCCGAGAUCUGAAAGUACAUAGCUCAUUUAGGAAUUAUAUUGCUGAUAUACUUAGUACUUCGGGCAGGGAUAGUAUAGUUAGUUUUGUGUUAACUGGAAUAUAGGAAAUCUAAUUACCAUACACAUGACACUUUAAAUAUUAAUGUUGUUUACAUACAUAUGUUGACAACUAAGUUAUAGCUGUGUUCCCAACAAUAUAAAUAUUAUAGACAUAUUUACUGAAUUAAAUAUUUUUUAAAUGUUUUGUUCUUAUAUUUCAAAUUCCGUUAAAGAAUUAUUGAUGUACUAAAUAAUUAAUAAAAUGAUGGUUUAAUAUAAAAUUGUAAAUUAAUUGCUUUGAAGUGUCAUGUGCGGUUUGAAUGGAGAUCUGUAAGAAUUAAUAAAUAGUUCACAUUAAUUUUUACUAAAAUUUUGAUCUAUUAUAUCUUUAAUUUUCCUUUACUGUUUUUCUGAAAAUUAAUGUGAAUUUUAAGCAUUUAUAGGGUUUAGUAAAGUACGUCUCGAGUAACGGUCAAUUGUAGGAUGGGUGACCGGUGUAAUUCAUAUUACAGAAUUUUUAAAAUAAUUUGUAUAUUCACACGAUUAUUAAAUUGUAACUUAUAUCCAGACUUCCCUACUAUUUUUUUUUUCUAAAAUUUCAUUUGGCUGAUUAAAUCUGAGCUGUAUUUCGUAACAAAAAUUAUCAUGACUGUUGAUCGUCAUACUUAUGACGAAAUACCUUAAAAUGUUUGAAGAUUAGAUUCGACUCACUUUACAUACUGUUACGUAAUUGUUUUUAUUAUUUUAUUACAAGAUCCAAUAAAUAUAUUUUAAUUCAGAAAAUCGUCUGGGCUAGUCUGGUAUAACAUGUAUUAUUAUAAUUGUGACAUUUGAUGCCAAAAAUCGACCACCGAAUAAUGCUCAAAAUAUAUAAUUGUAUAUAUGAAUUGGUGUUUAAAAUAAUAUUAUUAAAUAUUGGAAUACAUUUAACCCUGUGACAUUUAUUUCAUCUCACCUACUCUGUAUGAACUACAAUAUCCAACUAAUAAACGUUAAAUACAAAUUAUUAUUAAUAAACCUUUAGUAAGAUUGUUUUAAUUUUUAUCAAAUUAGAUUGUUUUUUUUUAAUAAUGUCAAACGAAAUAUUUGGUUUAGUAGAGCGAGUACUCAUAAUAACAUUUCUUAAUACAAAUUUAUUCUACACGGUUGCAAAAAAGCGAAACGUUAAUAUAUAGGUAAUAAAUUCCUGAUUAUAUUCGUAAGUUUUAUUGAGAAGGUCAAACGCGUUAGGUCAUUGAACUCCAUACUAUUUAGCAGCGAUAUUUUAUGACAUUCCAAGGAUGUUGUAGUUUGUUGAAUACAAUAAUUUUGACUUAUUUGAUAUAUUUUUAUAUAUGGCUCACAGCCUAGGUAAAAUUGAGUAGAUAUUCAAUUAUUUUUACGCUAAUAGAGCCAUACUUUCAUGUUUAUAUAUUGCAUAGCUUACCGUUUAAAUAAUCUAAUUAUCAUAAUGUUAUGUCAUGACAUCGUGUAUUAAAGAGCCUUAAUUUAAUGAAUUGGAUUAUUUAAAAAAAUAUGUAGGUAUGGAGAGAUAUCUUUUCUAUUUCGAAUAAAAUAUAUAAUUUUGUGACCGCAUUGCUUUGUUAUCUAAAGUUAUAUUUAGAAACUUUAGCUAUUAAUAUAAUUCCUGUUAUUAAAAUUUAUUUUAACAAAAUUAUACGUUAAUAUGCGAAUUAAAAUGGACUAAUACAUUGUGGGUACGGAUUUAUUUUGUUGAAUAAAAUGUUUUGCCAAA